UAUAACAAAAUGAGAAAAUUUAAUAAUCUAAAGACUAAAGGGAUCCAAAUAUUAUUGGCCCCAUGUUGACCAAGCCCUAACUGAGAGACGCAGAGUUUCAGUGAUAAUGGCUAAAGACGGACCCAACUGGGAUGGUUUGCUCAAGUGGAGCAUUGCUAAUUCUGACGGGACUCAGCCCACUCGUAAUCUGAGUGAGGAGGAUCGAAGAUGGUUUAUGGAAGCUAUGCAAGCACAGAGUGUUGAUGUUGUAAAGCGUAUGAAAGAAAUUACUUUGGUUAUGCAAACCCCUGAACAGGUUUUGGAAGCACAGGGUGUCACUGCUGCUGAUAUUGAAGGAAUGCUGGAUGAGUUACAAGAACAUGUUGAAUCUAUUGAUAUGGCCAAUGAUCUUCAUUCCAUUGGCGGUUUGGUUCCUCUUCUUGGUUACCUCAAGAACUCACAUGCUAACAUAAGAGCAAAGGCUGCUGAGGUUGUAACAACUAUUGUACAGAAUAAUGAACGGAGUCAACAGCUGGUUAUGGAAGCCAAUGGAUUAGAGCCUCUUCUUUCUAAUUUUACAUCUGAUCCUGAUGUGACAGUCCGAACCAAAGCUCUCGGUGCUAUAUCUUCGUUAAUCCGGCAUAACAAACCUGGUAGUAUUGCAUUUCGUCUUGCAAAUGGAUAUGCGGCCUUGAGAGAUGCUUUAAGUUCAGAAAACGUGAGAUUUCAAAGGAAAGCUUUGAACUUGGUCCAUUAUCUACUGCAUGAGAAUAGUUCAGACUGCAGCGUAGUAUCUGAGCUAGGAUUUCCUCGCAUUAUGUUGCACCUUGCUUCUAGUGAAGACGCAGAGGUACGAGAAGCUUCUCUUCGAGGCCUUCUUGAGCUUGCACGAGACAAAAGUGGCGAGACAAGUGGUAGAGUGACUGACGUCAAUGAUGACAAACUGAAACAAAUUCUUCAAGAGAGAAUUAAUGGUAUCAGUCUGAUGUCUCCAGAAGAUCUUGGAGCAGCCAGAGAAGAGAGGCACCUUGUGGAUUCCCUUUGGCAGACAUACUUUAAUGAACCAUCUUCUCUUCAAGAGAAGGGUCUUCUUGUUCUUCCUGGAGAAGAUGCACCCGCACCAGCUCCUGAUGUUGCAAGCAAGCAUUUUGAAUCUCCUCUCCGAGCGUGGGCUGCAAAUCCUUCGGCUGAUAGAACCACUCAAACUGAAACAAAAGCAACCCCGUUACUUCUAGGUUUAGGUACGGCACCAUCUGCUGCUGAUGUUCAAGGGAGUUCUGGGGCUACAGAGAAUGGCACUAAUACUUCGGGGAGAGAGCAAUAGGCAUUAGUGAAUUAUUUUUCCUUAGGCAGUUUAUGUAAUACUAGCUUCUCUUUUGCUUGUAAUUUAUGGUUUUGCUAAAUUGCGAAGGUUUACAUACUUGUAUCUGAUCUUGGGAUACUGCGUAUGCAUGUGCUGUGCAUAGAUUUGUAUGUCGUUUGGUGGCAAUGAAAUCUUAUUUUUCUCUUUGUAUAAA